CCUCGUGGCCGCCACCAUGAAAGCUCGUGGUGAUUUGAAGGAGUACAAGGUUAUUGGGCGCUCCGUCCCAACGGACAUUGAACGGGUGCCACCCCUUUACCAGAUGAGAAUCUUCGCCCCUGAUAAGGCCACAGCGAAGUCUAGGUUUUGGUACUUUGCUGAAUUUUUGAAGAAGAUGAAGAAAACCCGAGGUGAAAUUGUGUGUUGUCAACGAGUGUAUGAGAAGCGCCCUUUGCAGAUAAAAAACAUAGGCAUUUGGCUGCGCUACACGUCCAGAAGUGGCAUCCACAACAUGUACAGGGAGUAUCGUGAUCUGACUGCUGCAGGAGCCGUUACCCAGUGUUACCGUGACAUGGGUGCCAGACAUCGGGCUCGUGCAUCUUCCAUCCAGAUCAUUCGUCUGGAGGAAGUACCAGCAUCCAAGUGUAGAAGGGCAAACAUCAAGCAGUUUCAUAACAGCAAGAUCAAGUUCCCUCUGCCACACAGAGUCAACAAGAGGCUCCACCAUCCACGCUUCACCACUGCACGCCCCCAUACAACCUUCUAAGGAGGGAAUCCUCAUUUAUAAUGUUAUACUGUAUACUGCAGUUCAACGUGAAUAAAACGUUAACAUGGAUGGGAAUUAGA